CGGGGGGGGAAGCGGCGAGUAAGAUGGAAGAUGAGGAGGUCGCUGAGAGCUGGGAGGAGGCGGCCGACAGUGGGGAAAUAGACAGACGGUUGGAAAAAAAACUGAAGAUCACCCAAAAGGAGAGCUAAGGCAGGAGAACGCAGCCCAGGGCUGGUCUCCAGCUGGGGAGUGGGCCCCAGUCCUUCUCCAGAGAAGCUCUGUCUGGGAUGGUCGGCGCUGCCUCUGCUCUAGCUCUCCUGGCUCCCCACUUCCUUGAUCAGACUCCUGGCUCCAGCAGGAAAUCUACAUCUCCUCCCAAAGUGCCCAUCGUUAUUCAGGACGAAAGCCUUCCCUCAGGACCCCCUCCUCAAAUACGGAUCCUCAAAAGGCCUACGAGCAACGGGGUUGUCAGUAGCCCCAACUCUACCAGCAGGCCAGCGCUCCCCGUGAAGUCCUUGGCCCAGCGUGAGGCGGAAUACGCCGAGGCCCGGAAGCGGAUCCUGGGUAGUGCCAGCCCUGAGGAAGAACAAGAGAAACCCAUCCUAGACAGACCGACCAGGAUUUCCCAGCCUGAAGACACCAGACAGCCCAAUAAUGUGAUCAGGCAGCCCCUGGGUCCUGAUGGUUCACAAGGCUUCAAGCAGCGCAGAUAAAUGUGGAUGCGAGAGGAUGCUGCCGCCGCUGCCCCCCCCACCGCCAGGGGCGUCCGCCACGGGCUACACUGUCGUGGCGGACAGCUGGACUUGAGCAGAGGGAACGACCUGAUUUACUUGCACUGUGAUCCCCUUUGCUCUGCCCACUGUGACCUUGAACCCCAUGCACUGUGACCCCCCCAACCCCCUCCUCCCACUGUGAUUGGCACAUCGACAAGGGCUGUCCCGAGUCGUUGUAAAAGGAGAAGGUGGGGGCAUGACUCAGAGCGGAGAGUCAGAUGGUGCCACUUGGGGUGAAGCCAGUGCCAGCAAUAACAGUUUAUCAUGCUCAUUAAUUUGGGAUUUCAAAACACAGACGGGAAUGCCCCCAAACGUGCAUGUCUUCAUCACUUAAAUAGCAAGUUCCAUUUGAAAGAAUCCUUUUUUUUUUUUUAACCCCCUCCCCCCUUUUUUUUUCUUUUCUUUUUUUUUUUUCUUUUCUUUUCUUUUUUUUUUUUUGGUUUGUUUCAGAAUCUGAUUUGCAAGGAAAAGUGCAUGGGAGGGGUUUUAGCUGUUAAAUGAAUUUUCGUUUUAAUUGAGAAGGGUAGUUGAUAGACUUCUAAAAUGUUUCAAUGAAUUUGCAGAAACAUUAACAGAUAGGAUUUUGGCAAGCUUAGCUUCUUGUUCUCUAUUCCUAUUGCUGCCCCUAGGAGGGCUGGGGCUUCUCAGGCUCCCAUCCCAAAAUUGCUUGUCCCCAGCUGAGCCUCAUCUCGUUGGGGCCCUUCAAUGAGACCAGGUCCGAGAGCUGGGACUGCCAGGAGGCACAGCUAGAAUUUGUGGAGGUGGUGAAAGCAGACAGACUUUCCUUCCCUCUCUCCCCAGCCCAGCAUUCAGAUGGGCUAAUUCCAGCCAAGAGUUCAGGGUGAGGGAGGGAGGUUUGUCAUGCCCAGGUUUACAAGCAAGGAAAACGAGAUUUAUUCAGUAUUUUGAUUUCUUAUCCAAGAAAAACAUGGAAAUGAGUGUGGCUCUGAGGCCUCUGCUGUUAAGCCAUCUGCGCGGUGUUGUCAGAGGGUAGCUUGAUUUCUCAGCUACAACAAGGUUUGAACUCUUAGGAGCCCAGGGCCUGCUGGCGCUCAGCUGACGGUACCAGGCACGGCUCCGUCUAGGAGUCAUUGCUUUGGGGACUAAGUGUACCGAGUAACAUUGAAAAGAAGCCUCCGGCCAUGCAUUGGUUGGUGAUGACCGACCGGUUCCCUCUAGGUCGGAGCUACAGUGUUCCCUCACCCCGGCCAGAUGGCCAGCCUUCCAAAGCAGGGGCCGGAGGAGGGUGGUCCACCUCCUGUCUGGAUUCUGGAAAUUCAGCUUGGCCCCCUAGACCGGGGCAGAGGAAGCAAGGCUUGCCUAAAGGAGCUUCCUCCUGGGUAUGUGAGGUGUGCGUGCUGCCUCUACACUGUGGACAUGUCUGCCUUUCUCCUCAGUACCCAUCUACUCUCUUCUACUGCACUGAUUCUUCCUACGACUUAGUUAUAGCCAAUUCCCGCUUCUGAUUUAACUGACAAGUUUCCAAGGGAUUGGGAGAUUGCCUUUCACAGGUAGCACGUGUGUACUGCCAAGCCAUAUUUAGACCCAGUACGGCAGGUCAAGUUUGCCUUGCCUUGUCUCAGUGGUGGCGUGUGUGCUGUCUCUGCUGUCUUGUCUAUCCCUGACCUGCCGUGGGGUCAGGCCCGGCAGGGGGAAAGGGCUACAAUGAGGAGACGGUCACUGCCUGCCCCACAGCGAGGGUCUUGUGGGUUGACCCCGAGGAGGAGCGGUGCCACGGCACGUGAAAGGGACGUGAUUACCGUCGGCCCAUAAAAGUGGCAUCGGAUCCCCUCCGUUCCCAGGGAAUACCUCCAGGAGGAGCAGGGGUGAGGGGACUCCUGCUCUCCUUAGUUCUGACCCACUCGCUUGAGUGCACAGUCUACACAACUCAGUUGGCCCUAAAAGAGUUGGGGCAGGAACGCCCAAGGCAGGCUCUGGCCCCAGAAGGGACCAGGUGCCUAUGCCCAGGCGUGCACAUCUCGGGGCCCCAGGAAAGACCUUCCUGGGCCCUUUCUGCAGCAUUAAGGGCAUGAGGGCAGUGAGAGCCCUCUCUCUCCCUCUUCCCCCCCCCCCCCCCCCCCCCGGCAUGGAGCUUAGCCCUCCUUGGUUGAGGGGAGACUCAGCCCCAGUCUGGGCCCCCAGCAGCUCCUGCACCAAGGCUUUGCCUUGAUUCCCCAGAGUGGGAAAGGCGAGAGAAGAAAAUAGGAAACCUCUAUUAUGUGUGUGAGUUGUGGGGUGGGGUCAGGGAGAUGGGAGGAGGGCUUGGGCUUUCUGUGGUUGUCCACAUCUUUCCUAAGUGCAUUUCCUUUGGUUCAGUUUUGUUCUGUUUUAUUUUUUUAUUUUUAAAGUGAGCUGUGGGCUCUGGCUUAAGAAAUCCGGGAUGGGGGUGGAGGGCAGUAACAUGAGGCCGCUGUCCCUUUAGCUACCUGUCCGCGGUAACAUCCUCUCCUCCAGCUCCUCUGACCCCAUGGGCCAGGCCCGUGACCUCCCGGCUUAACAGCUUCCAAUGAGCCACUUCUCCCACAUCAGCCUAGCUAACCAAAGGAGCUGGGGGUGCAGGGGCUGGUGAUCAGCCCCUCUCAGCCCAGUCAAUCAGGGUGCUCCCCACCUGCAGGCAGGAGGCAACACCCCAUAAGCCCAGCCCGCCCCUCCCUGGGGGAGCCUUCCUGUUGAGACUAGAUAGGUGGGGUCUCACUUGGCCACCCCUGGCCCAGAGGCUUGAGAGACCUCUUGGAACCUUGUUUCUAGUUGUUAUGUUUCCCCUGGGGUGAGCCAAGGUCCCCUUGGGUGUGUUCAAGGGAGAAGAGUAGGGGAGGGGGGGAGAGAUGCCAUAUAUCCUGCAGUUCUGCCCUGCUGGAAAAGCCGGGCGGCUCCCUGAACUCCCACCCCUCUCCGCGGGUCCCCAAGUCAGCAGAUUAAGCAUUUUAUAAAUUGUAUUUUAAAUAAAUGUUUUAAACUUGUCA